UGAAGAAGACCGAGACGUUGACAUACUCUUCCGGUUUCUGUCACGUCGAAAGAGAUUUCGCAAUUUAUCGUCAACUGAUUAAAUGAACUGAUCGAUUGAUCGCUCUGUAAUGCUGCUCAAAUGACAUGGCUGUAGCAAUGAGCUCGACUUGUCCUGGGCUGUACUGUGGAAGAACCAUAAUAAAUGAGUCCAUUGAAGGAGAAUGUGGGGUUUGCCCACGUGGCCAGAGGACAAACAUCCAGAAGAUAUGCGAGAAAUGCACCGGAUCUCCUGAGCUCUAUGAUUGGCUGUACUUGGGUUUCAUGGCCAUGCUGCCUCUAGUCCUGCACUGGUUCUUUAUUGAGUGGUAUUCGGGGAAGAAAAGUUCCAGUGCACUCUUUCAGCAUAUCACCGCCCUGUUUGAAUGCACGACUGCUGCUGUAGUGACUCUGCUGCUCAACGAUCCUGUCGGCCAUGUGUCCAUUUGCUCCUGUAAGGUUAAGAUGCUUUCUGAUUGGUACACCAUGCUAUAUAACCCCAGCCCUGACUAUGUGACUACACUGCACUGCACACAGGAGGCCGUGUUCCCUCUGUACACUAUUGUGUUGAUAUACUACGCCUUCUGUCUGGUCUUUAUGAUGAUGCUGCGGCCUCUGCUGGUUAAAAAGAUUGCGUGUGGUUUAGGCAAAACGGAUCGUUUCAAAAGCAUCUAUGCAGCGCUCUAUUUCUUCCCCAUUCUGACUGUACUGCAGGCGGUUGGAGGAGGUCUUCUAUACUAUGCAUUCCCCUAUAUUAUUUUGGUCUUAUCUUUGGUCACCUUGGCGGUUUACAUGUCAGCUUCAGAAAUACAGUCUUUCAAAAACCUUGUCGCUAAGAAGAAAAGGCUUGUGGUUCUCUUUAGCCAUUGGCUUCUGCAUGCCUAUGGUAUAAUCUCCAUUUCCCGCCUGGAUAAACUGGAGCAAGAUUUGCCUCUGUUGGCUCUUGUGCCCGGACCUGCCUUAUUCUACUUACUGACAGCCAGGUUCACUGAGCCAAACAGAAUUCUAUCAGAGGGAGGAAAUGGACACUGAUGUCAUAUCCUGUGUAGGAGGCACACUGCCACCAUGAAACAAAUGUUCCAUCGCCAUGGGAACUAGGGAUCCAAUGACAGUGCAUGACUUUUAAUUUAAUGAGACCUUUGGCACCAAAGAGCCAUAAAUGAAACAUUUUGCCAAUGCUCACAACAUAGUAUGUUGCCAUGAAGAUUGUGUUGUGUAUGCUGCACUUAUGUCGUGAAUAAGGAUUCUUUAUUGUUCUGAAAAAUAAUCAAACAAACUACGGUGACGUAUGCUUGCAUAGAGAUCCUUUGUGGAGAAUGUUCUUUUUCAGUGUGUGUGUGUUUUCUUUGGAACUUCACAAUAUUGCUUCACGUGCACUUGCUCAUAAUUUUGGAAAAUAGUCAGUGUGUCUGUACAUUUAUGGUAACUGACAGAUUAAUAUUUGUCAUUUAGAUUUUGGUACUUUAUAAGAUCUAUUUUCAUGAAUAGAUACAAAUCAUCCCAUCAUGUUGGACAUUUUUUGUGUUGUAUGAAACAGCUGGUCUGUGAAUUUCCAGAGAGCCCUGUAGUUACUUUGUUCAAAAGAUGUAACAUUUUCUGUGCCAAAUAUGUCAUUGUAUUUCCUUUUAUCAAGUUAGCUAAACUUAUGAAUAUUGAGAGACAUACAUCUAAUUUGCAAGUGGUGUUAUAUGAACCUAUACUGUAAGUUUUGCUGCUGAAGAUGUAAAUCUGCUUACACAUUGUAUUAAUGAUUCUGAAUAGUUUUCAAUGUUCUCAAGACCCUGGUCUUUGACAUAUAUAAGUUAAUUGUUGAGAUGUUUUAAACAGAACAUUUUAUUCAACAUGUAGUAUGUGAUGUUUUACAUGAUGGUGUUGAAUUAAUUCUAUGACCAUCAGAUCUAUAAAAAUUAAUGUUUGUCAACCAUGUUUGACUUGUUAAAUUAUUGUAACAGCUUUUUGCAUUGCUGUUGUACGUUUAUUUCACAGGACAUAAAAGCAAAAAAACAACAACACUGAUAACAUUUUUGGUGAAAAACUUCUAUUAAUUCUGCAUAAAAAUAUGCUGUUUGAACAAUAAA